AUGGACAAUGAGUCGCAGUACUCGGGAUAUUCCUACAAGUCCGGGCAUUCCCGCAGCUCCCGCAAACACAGGGACCGACGAGACCGGCACCGCUCCAAAAGCCGGGAUGGGAGUCGUGGGGACAAGUCAGUGACCAUCCAAGCUCCGGGAGAGCCCUUGUUGGACAACGAGUCCACGCGGGGGGAUGAGAGGGAUGACAACUGGGGUGAGACCACCACCGUGGUGACAGGGACUUCGGAGCACAGCAUCUCGCACGAUGACAUCACCCGCAUCACCAAGGACAUGGAGGACAGCGCCCAUCUGGACUGCUCCCGGCAUCUGGGCGUCUCGCUGGCCGGGGCGCUGGCGCUUCUCGCCUUCCUCACCCCCCUCGCCUUCAUGCUCCUGCCCCAGCUGCUGUGGCGGGAGGAACUGGAGCCCUGUGGGACACCCUGCGAAGGGCUCUUCAUCUCUGUGGCCUUCAAACUCCUCAUCCUCCUGCUGGGCAGCUGGGCUCUCUUUUUCCGCCGCCCCAAAGCCUUCUUCCCUCGUGUCUUCAUCUUCCGAGCGUUGCUCAUGGUGCUCGUCUUCCUCCUCGUCGUUUCCUACUGGCUUUUCUAUGGCGUGCGGAUCCUGGACUCACGGGACCGCAACUACCAGGGGGUGGUGCAGUUCGCCGUCUCGCUGGUGGACGCGCUGCUAUUAGUGAAUUACCGCUUUUACAACGUUGGACAUCUCAGCAUCCAGCGAGCGGCCGUGUGGAUCCUGGAGAACUAUUACCAUGAUUUCCCGGUCUACAACCCUGCCCUCCUCAACCUACCAAAAUCCGUCCUGUCCAAGAAAAUGUCUGGGUUUAAAGUCUAUUCCCUCGGCGAGGGACGUGACAACAGCCACAACGAGUAUUACUAUGAGGAGGCAGAGCACGAGCGCAGGGUGCGGAAACGCCGCGCCAGGCUGGUGGUGGCAGUGGAAGAAGCCUUCACCCACAUCAAGCGGCUGCAGGAGGAGGACCAGAAGAACCCACGGGAGAUCAUGGACCCACGGGAGGCAGCUCAGGCCAUCUUCGCCUCCAUGGCCCGGGCCAUGCAGAAGUACCUGCGUACCACCAAGCAGCAGCCCUACCACACCAUGGAGAGUAUCCUGCAGCACCUCGAGUUCUGCAUCACCCACGACAUGACGCCCAAGGCAUUCCUUGAGCGGUACCUGACGGCUGGGCCCACCAUCCAAUACCACAAGGACCGCUGGUUGGCCAAGCAGUGGACGCUGGUCAGCGAGGAGCCAGUGACCAACGGCCUGAAGGAUGGGGUGGUCUUUGUGCUGAAGCGCCAGGACUUCAGCCUCGUGGUGAGCACCAAGAAGAUCCCUUUCUUCAAGCUCUCGGAGGAGUUUGUGGACCCCAAGUCGCACAAGUUCGUUAUGAGGCUGCAGUCAGAGACCUCUGUGUGA